GAUUUUAUGAACACAUAAAAUAAUUUAUGUCGUUGGCCCCCUUUUUCUCUUGAUUACAAAUUUUCCCUAUUACUGAAUUGUUACGGUCAACAUCAGUUUUUAGCUUUCUACAUAAAUUAACUUUUUAGCCAAUGAGGUCGUGACUUAAGAUCACGUGAUGCUUUCGAACCAAUCAGGGCUCGUAAGCUUUCAUAGCGAAUAUUUUAUGGCGAAGGAGAAGUUCUCGCCAAUUUUUUCAACGAAAUUCUCAAGAUUUUACAUUAGUAUCUUUGUUUCAAGCACAAGGCAUCUUAUAAUGAGAAUGAAAUCAUCUUAAAGCGAAACUGCAACGAGAUUAGAUAGCAAAAGAAAGUAGUAUAUCCAUGAAUCAUUGCCGAUGUAAACUUUGAGAACGUUUGUUGAUGGAGAAUGUAUAUCAGACACCUAUUUCGCUUUCAAUGCAAAUUGAAGAGAGAACGUAUUACAUUAGAACUAGUCUUAUGUACACAGACCUGACAAGAGAAGUAUUAUUUAAAGUGUUCAAAUACUUGAUAAAAAGUGAAGACAUAACAGACUUUCUCUCAUCUCCAGAGCAGCAAAAUAUAUUGAGGGAACUAUUUCAAAAAAAUGUCAUAAACAGGUAUGACUAUGAUCUGGUUUCUGGUCAAGGUUUAAAUCUAGAGAGAUUUGAUAUUUCUCUCUUGAUAAGACUUAUACUUAAUUUGUGUAAAGAUAAUAAACAAAAACCACAAAGCGGUUGGCAAACUAAACCACACCCGAAAGAUGAAGGUCUUGGUGCUGAUCUUCUUCAAUUGAGAGAUGUCAGAAACAAGAUUAUAGGUCAUCGAGCGGAUGCUAAAUUGUCGGAGGCAGAGUAUGAAAAGACCUGGGCAAAAAUUACAGCUAUCUUGUUGAGAGUGGUUGAACGUGUUGACUCGAAACCUAGUGAAAACUUUGAACAAAGAAUAAAUAAAUACAAACACAUAAAUGUAGAUACAGAUAAUGCUAAAGUGAAGAGGUUACUGGAUGAGUUGCUUAGCAACAAAAAAGAUUUUGAUCGCCAUCAAGAAAAGGUAAAUGCUUUCAAAUUACAGUUUCAGGUAUAUUUCCAAACAACACCGGAGAGAUUUGUACGUUACAUUAAACUUUUGUUCGAUGGAGGGCAUAUCGUGUUAUGUGGGAUACUGAAGAAAAAGUUGGGUGACAAUGACCUAUUGGAAUUUCUUGAAAAAAAGAAGGAAACACUGACUAGAAAUAUUGAAGAGAAAUUUACCAGUUGCCUCUUCCAACAAGAGUCUUGUUCAGAUUAUAAAAAGUGGGAUGUUUUUCUUCUGGCAUCAGUUUUGCUGUUCACGUUUGAUGAUGAUCUAAGUCAAAACGAAAUCAUGAAUAUAGGGCUCAUCAAAAGUGCUAGGGUAAAUUAUGCUGUCCUUGCAUUGCAGUCUCUUGAUGCAGAUGACUUUAUGAUGAAUUGGACUGAUCUUAUCGUUUGCCUAAAAGAUCUUUCAAGAAACAUUGCUGAUGACGACAAACUACAAGUUGAAAAUCUUAUUGAGCGCUAUAAGAAAGAAGACGAAGGAGGAUGUGACGCUGAAGAGUAUUUUAAACAGAUAAGGGAAUCUGGUGUUGAAGAGAAAACUUUGAACGAUGUCUACAAAGAAACUAUAACGGAAUUGAAAGACAGCCUGAACAAGUUGAGCCAAAAAUAUAUCACGUUCAAUCAAAAACAUGUUUUUGAGUUUAAACUGCUGACAUCAUGUGAAAAUGAAGAAAUAAAGAAAAGAGCAGAAAACUUACUGGAAAACAACCUGCAAGCUUCCAUACAAAAUUUAGAUCAAGCAUCAGAUAUUCUAAGAGGAGAUACAGACAAACUAGUAGCUAGCAUUGCCGCACAUCCAGAUGUGGAACCGGUUGAAGUUAAACAAAAGUGCAUAAUUUUGUCAUUCAAAUGUUCUUCUCCUGGAGGCUUAGUGCAUAUUUUAGAUAUCACACACGGCGAUCAGUUUAGAAGCACCUUUCGAAACAUAACUGAUGAGCUGCAUUACAUAUACGGAUAUGCUUUCCUCAUACAGGGAAAGUGCACGCUUGAAAGUGUGUCGAGGGUUUUAAAGAUGAUAAAUAAAUGUAAGUACGAAUAUAUAAAACCAUAUUACAUAUAUCAUUUUAGUCUGUUAAAGGAACUCCACAUAUGUCCAUGAUGCUCUUAACAAAGAUUUGAAAUUCUUACAUAGACCAAUUGGUGCACUUAAAUCAGUAAGACAUGCAACAAAUAAAAAGAAAAAACUCAAGAAUAAAGUGAAAUCGUAUUUUUGUGCUAUUCCUAUCCCGAUUUGAGUGAAAAGCGUUGGAAUUCUUUUCAAUUUUGUGUCA